GCUGGACUGGGGAAUCCCCACUGUCAACUGGAGACUCUGAGGCUGCCAUUCUGUAGAGUCACAGAGGAAGGCUGUGAUUCUCUGGCUUCAGCACUACGUCAAACCCCUCCCACCUGAGAGAGCUGGACCUGAGCUACAAUCACCCAGGAGACUCAGGAGUGAAGAUGCUCUCUGCUUAGUGGAAGAUCCAGCCUGUAGACUGAAAAUCAAUAUGGACCACAACGAAGAGUGCUGGGUGAAUCUGGAGCUGCUGAAGAAGUAUGCCUGUGAUCUCACACUGGACCCAAACACAGCAAACAGACACCUCUCUCUGUCUGAAGGAAACAGAGUGGUGAGAUAUGAGAUUGAGGAGCAACCAUAUCCUGAUCACCCGGAGAGAUUUUAUGGCGCUUUUCAGGUUCUUUGUAGAGAGGGUCUGACUGAGCGCCAUUACUGGGAAACGGAGUCAAGUAGUGACGUUGUUCUCGGAGUGACGUACAAAGGAAUCAAAAGAGGAGGCGACAUCAGUGAUGACUUUAUCAUUGGACACAAUGACAAGUCYUGGUGUAUGGAGGACAAAACACAUUUUCGUCAUAAUGGCGCAGAUAUUAAAUUCCCCCCCUUUAGGGACCCCUCCAGGCAUAGAAUAGGAGUGUAUCUGGACUGGCUGGCUGGCACUCUGUCCUUCUACACGGUCUCCUCUGACACACUGACCCACCUGUACACAUUCCAUACCACAUUCACUGAGCCCCUCUAUCCAGCUUUUGGACUAGCCGGCUGUAACCCUUGCUCAGUGUCCUUGUGCCAGGUAGAGUAGCCUUUUGGUCCUGGAGGAACACCUGGGUCUCCAUGACAACAGUYACACACACCAUCCUGUUCUAACACAACCGUGUGACUAGCAUUGACAGUGGUCAUGACUUCAGAUAUGGACAUUAAUAAAUCACAGUUGUGGGGAGAUGAUUAUAUUKUAUUCCUGUGACUGUACAUCCAUGCUCUGUUCUGUAAAACGCCUUUGACAUUGAAUACGAGAUAUUUUAUUGUUAAGUGUGAUCAAAACAUUUGUAAAUAUUACUGGUUUGUUAAAUGUGUUGCAUCAUACAGGAAACAUAACACACCUGUCUCUGUCUGUGUACAGUAGGCCAGAGUUUCUCAAGAGAAAUAAAGCUUUGGUUAAGACACUCA